UAAUAACUGCAUAUGAGUAGCAGAGGAUCCGCCAUCCUUGGGACGCAUGUCGCAUGGCCAUGGCAUGCGGCAACGGCGAGGAGUUGUUCUGUUCUCACGAAACGAAGCCACGUACAAUCAGAAGGUGGCAACACUCCAACUCUCUCAUUAUCUCUGCCCGAAAUUUGUAUUCUCUCUCUCUCAGUGUGUGUUUGCUUCAGACUUCGUUGUUGUACGUUUGAGAAAUGAAUGCUGAGAGUCUAGUCGCUUCAGCGGCCAUUAACAUAGGCCUUGCCUUGAUUGUGCUCUCGCAGUUCUCAGUUUUGAAGAAACAACCUUCAAAUGCCCCAGUCUACUACUCUCGUCGUCUUGCCAGAAAGGACCAAAUCUCUUUCGAUGAAGGCUUCACUCUCUCCCGCUUACUCCCCUCUGUCUCUUGGAUUCCUCGUGCUUUUCGAGUCUCUGAAGAAGAAAUUCUCGAAACCAGUGGCCUUGAUGCUCUUGUUGUUAUCCGCCUCUUCAAACUCGGAAUCAAAUUUUUCUUGGCUUGUUCAGUAAUUGGAUUAGUGAUUCUUCUCCCAAUCAAUUACACCGGCCAGCAUGAUCCUUCUAUAAGUGACCUCUCCUACUCGAUGGAUUGUUUCACAAUUACUAAUAUUAGUGAAGGUUCUGACAGGCUUUGGGUUCAUUUUUCCUACUUAUGUUUUAUAUCUGUAUUUGGAUUAUACCUACUGUAUAAGGAGUAUAAUGAGAUAUUAGGGAAAAGGAUUCAACUCCUUUCUAAUGUUAAGAAUCGUCCUGAUCAGUUCACUAUUCUAGUUCGAGAAAUUCCUUUUUGCAAUGAACACACAUCUCAUGGGUGUUGUGUGGGUCACUUCUUCUCCAAACACUAUCCUUAUACUUACCAAGCUUAUCAAAUGGUACAUGAUGGGAAAGAUCUUGAGGAUUUGGUGGAGUUGCCUGCAGCAUUUGUAUCAUUCAAGACACGUUGUGGUGCUGCGCUGGCUGCCCAAUCUCAACAGCAUCCUAAUCCACUUUUAUGGACCACAGAACAAGCUCCGGAACCAAGGGAAGUACUAUGGAAUAAUUUAGCUAUUCCACAUGGCCUUUUGUUGCUCCACAAAAUCGGGGUUUUUGCUGCAGCAACAGUUCUCACAAUUUUCUUUGCUAUUCCCGUCACUGCUGUUCAAGGAAUAGCAAAAUUUGAAAAAUUAAAGAAGUGGUUUCCUCCAGCCAUGGCAGUACAGUUGAUACCGGGGCUACGCUCUAUUAUAACUGGAUAUCUUCCAAGUAUGAUUCUUAAUGUAUUUAUAUCCGUCGUUCCCUUCAUGAUGCUUUUUUUGGCUAAACGAGGAGAUUCUGUCUCAAGGAGCAAAAGAGAUAUAAAAGCCUGCAGCAUGGUUUUCUAUUUUCUAGUGGGAAAUGUGUUCUUCUUGAGCCUUUUAUCCGGGUCAUUACUUGAUCAAAUAGGAGAAUCUUUCACUCAUCCCAAGUAUUUUCCCAGUCGCCUUGCAAGUGCAGUCUCUUCUCAAGCAGAUUUCUUUAUAACAUACAUCCUGACAGAUGGGUUGUCAGGUUUCUCAUUGGAAAUUCUUCAACCCGGCUUGAUCAUUUGGCAUGCUAUGAGAGCUCUUUUUCGAAGAAGAAAGAAACAACCUUAUCUUUACUCACUGCCCUACUACAGGAUUAUUCCUUUUGUCACACUUUCUAUAUUAAUCGGAAUGGAAUAUGCAGUUGUUGCUCCAUUGCUGCUUCCAUUUCUUAUUGUGUAUUUCUUCCUUGGAUAUGUGGUUUAUAUAAAUCAGAUUCAAGAUGUAUAUGAAAUUGUCUAUGAAACAGGCGGACAAUUCUGGCCAUACAUUUAUCAUUACAUUUUUAUAUCGAUCGUUCUUAUGCAAAUUACUAUGAUUGGCCUAUUUGGAUUGAAGUUAAAGCCGGCAGCAUCUAUUGCUACAGUUGCUCUCCUUUUGUUGACAUUAUUAUUUAAUCAGUACUGCAACAUUCGCUUUCUUCCUUCAUUCUUCCUUUUCUCUAUCCAGAAUGCAGUGCAAAAUGAUGAACGUGAUGAGAAGGAUGGCCUGAUGGAAGUCAAGUGUGAGACUGCUAUCCAUUCUUAUCGCUCACCUUGUUUACGGCCCAUGAACUUUUCUCAAGAAUCAUACUCCACACAGCCAUUGGUAUCUUCAACAUGACAUUGCCCUGUGUUUGUUCAAUUCUUUUUUCCCUUCACACAAUUCGAUUGGACCAACAAUUUCUCGCAAUGUUCAAGCUAUUACAACACGAAUUUAAGGUCU